AUGUAAAUUUUUUAACCAAAAGUAAUAGAAAAUGAAAAAGAUUUGAUAUGCAAACAACACCAACAACAAAUCGAAUUUGUUAUUCUUGAUGCUUAAUUAUCAAGAAAUGAAGGGCUAUUAUGCAAGUCCUGUCUUCUAUAGAAUCUAACUAAUUCCUAGAUCAUGGAUUAUCAAUCUCUGAAAUAAUGCUUCGAUACAUCUUAAAAAGAAAAGAUCUCAUAAUAUGAGCCAAUAAUCAAGCCUCACCUUUAAUAGGUAGAAAUCUUUUAGAAAAUGAUUUAUGCUCUAAAAACAAGAUUGAUCCAAUAACUAGAUUAUUUAAUUUGGCUCUCUAAGGAUUGGGUGAAUAACUUAAUUGAUGCUAUAACUUAAUACAGUUUUUUUGAAGAAAUAGAUUUACUAAUUUAAAGCUAAAUAUCAGUCAUGGAUCCAAUAUCUGUCAUUGAAAAAAUAAAAAAAAUCCACUAGGAUUGUAACUUCAAAAUCAGUUCCAAAUUGGAUUAAUUAAAAAACUAUUCAGAGUUCUAAGUCUAUGAGGACAUAUAAAAAUAUCUAAAUAAUUUAUUAUAGAAAUAAGAGAUAUAAAUUAAGUAAGUAUUUAUUUUUAAAUCAAGGUUACAACCUAUUUCAUAAGAAGAGUAUUAAAGGAAAGACGAUCUUUAUGAAAUUGUAUCCUAAAACAUCGAUGAGUAAUUAUUCAACUAAAUAUUAUAAUUAUCAAGGAAA